AUGUCGAUAAGUGAGGGGCUGUACCAGCUCACCAAGGAUAUCAUCAUGAUGAUCCGAGUGUGUAAGAUGUUCCGUCAAGGCCUCAGGGGAUUCCGGGAAUAUCAGAUCAUUGAGUCUGCUCACAGAAAGCACCCAAUCUUCUCCUUCUGGGAUAAAAAGAAGCAGGGCCAAAUCACAUUUGACACCAUGCAGUUCAUUGCAGAGCAGGGUCACUUUCCUCCAAGGGCCAUUGAGAUCACACAGAAGCAGCCUGCUUGGAGAAAGGAGGAAGAGAUCCAGGAACUGUGUAACUUCUUACAGGCUCUGGAUAGCUUCAGGAGCUACAAUGAGACCCUGCAGCUGCUCCUGGCCAAAGUUGUACGUUUUGAACGGUUUGAUCGUAGACGAGUGAUCAUCAGGAAGGGACAGAAGGGUAACAGCUUUUAUUUCAUCUACCUGGGCAAGGUCGCAGUAACCGAGGAUGAGGAUGGCAGCAGCGCCUUCCUGGACCCAUACCCAACAGUGCUAGAAAAGGGCUGCUCUUUUGGGGAAAUGGCUCUUCUGCGUUCUUCAGUAAGGAGGGCCACUGUGGUCUGUAUGGAAGAAACAGAGUUCUUAGUUGUUGACAAGGAAGAUUUCUUUGCUAAUAAGCUGGAUGUGGAAGUUGAAAAGGAUGCUCAGUAUCGGUUUGAAUUUUUCAGGAAGAUGGAUCUGUUUCGGUCCUGGUCCAAAGAGAAACUCUGGAAGCUGGUCACUAUGGGGAAGGUAGAGAAGUUCUCUUUCGGCCAGGUGAUCUCAAAAGACUUUGUAGAGUCUGCCACUGUUAUGUUUGUCUGCAAGGGCAGCUGUGAAGUCCUGAGGCUGAUCGACCUUGGAAACUCCCCUUCAUACUACAAGUGGAUCUGGCAGCAUCUGGAGUUCCAGUACAACAAACCUCUGAAGACCCACAUCUUUGAACCCUCUCCUAUGGAGAGAUUUAAGGAAUUCCAGAUCAAAUCAUAUCCUGUACAGGACUUCAGCUUUUUGAAACUUCUACAUCUCCAGAAGGCCUGGGAGCAAAAGGGGACCAACGGCAGUAUGAGUCACACCUCAAUGACUGAUCUUCCAAAGACCUUUGGCUCGAAGAUCAAAUCCAGGCGUGGUCAUUUGGUCAAAUGUUCUGUGAUUGAUACCGAGACUGGUCGGCUUGCAAAAGAGGCUGCAGUGGGGACCUACAUGAAGAUCCACACUGUGGAGCAAGGAGAAAUUGUGGGCCUUCACCAGAUCUCCCUUCCUGAUACUCAACUUGACAAGCGACCCCUGAUCCUGGUGAGUCUGGGAACUGAGAUGAUACGGGUGAGAAAAGAAAAAUUUGAAGACUUGAUUGACGACAAGACAAGAGAAAAGUUGUCCAAAUACCAUAUUGAAUACCCCAGUGAUGAAGAACUGUGCCAGUGUUUCCUCCAGGAGAACAGCUGGAACAUCUUUCGGAGUGACCUAAUGCAGCUGCUGGUGGAGCCUCGCCAAUGUCCGCCAUUCAUCCCUAAACAACCCAAGAAGAGAGAGCGCAACUAUCUUAAGUCUGUGACCCUGAAUUUGUCUACCCUUGGCAAGAACACUAAACCUAACUACCCCAUUUUUAUGGCACCCCAAAAAUACCUCCCCCCAUUGAGGAUUGUCCAGCGUAUCACAGCACCCCGGCCCAAAAUCCAAGAACUCCUGCCUCAGUAUAAGAAUGCAGGGAUCCUUGUCUAG